CACGAUAAAUAUUAAUAGUAGAUUGAACAAAAUUAUUUAUAAUAUUUUUUCUUUUAUUUUCAAUUUUUUUUCAUAAAAUUAAAUCGAAAGAAAUCUAAACGUAGAUAUGAAGACUUCAACAAUAUUUCGAAGUUUUAUAUUGGACAAUAUUUAUUUAUACAUUUGAAACGAACUUUUCAAAAUGAUGCAACAAUAUAUGAAAGAAUUGGAACAAGAGCCUUUUGAUCCAGAAGAAUUUGUUGAACGUCUAGCUUGGAGGACCGUUAAUGAUAAAACAAAAGAUGGAAGCAAAGCAUUUUUUAAUCCUGUCAUUGUACAUGAGACUUUCUUACAAGCUAUUAAAGAUUUACAAAUUUUAGAAGAACGUCAGCAAAAGAAGUGCGACAAGUUAGAAGCUGCUUUAAAGGAUGAAGAAGCUAGGCACGCUUUUGAAAUAUUAGAUUUACAAGAAAGAAAUAAACAUUCGAUUGACUUGUUUCAUCAGUUAGACGAAAGAAUAAAUUCUGUUGCUACAAAAGUUCUUCAUUUAGGAGAUCAAUUAGAAAGUGUUAAUAUACCAAGAGCUAGAGCAGUUGAAGCUCAAAAACUUAUGCGUUAUUUCUCAGAAUUCUUAAGUCCUGGACCUUUAACUGAUACCAUUUUUACAGAUAAAACUUCAUUAGAUGAAGCAGCAGAUGUGAUUCAGAAAUUGCAUCUUAUUGCUCAAGAGUUACCCGCAGACAAAUUUGAACAUGCAAUGAAAAAGAUAAGCAUUAAAUAUGAUGAAAUAGAACGUAAUCUUAUAGAAGAAUUUGUUCAAUCACACAGUCGAGAAGAUGCAGUUAGAAUGAAAGAAUUAGCAUCUGUAUUAUCUCAGUUUAAAGGCUAUUCACAAUGCAUUGAUGCAUUUAUAGAACAAAGUCAAAUGGGUUCAUUUGGUGGGAAGGAUGUGUUUCAAGACGUAAUACCAAUGUGUACAAAAUAUAAUAAAUUAAUGGAACAAGUAUUUUCUAAUCCAGAACAAGUAAUGGCAAAAUUCGUUCUUAACAUCUAUCAUCUACGACUUCAAAAAUAUGCUGUUGCUAAGUUGGCCGAUAAAACUGAUUCUGAUAAGUAUCUCAAAAAUUUACAUGAUUUAUAUGGAAGAACUGUUAAAUUAUCAAAUGAAUUAAAAAUGUUUAAUAUGGGUACUGAUGAUAGUUACCUUAAAAAAUUAACUAGAAAUAUAUUUCAAAAAUAUUUAGAUACUUAUAUCACUACUGAAAUGAAAGCAUUACGAGAGAAAUCAGCAACUUUAUUAAUUGAAUAUUAUGAAUCCAAAAAUCACCAAAAAAAGCAACUGCAAACAGGUAGUUUUCAAGAAUUACGUCGUGAUUUGCAAGCUGCGCUUGCAGCAAGAACAAAUAUAAAUAUUGCACAAAUAGAAGAUUAUGGUGGAGAAACAUUUCUUUCGGAAGAGUUGGCCAUUGCACUUUUACAAAGAAGUAAAAUGGCUUUUCAAAGAUGCCAAUUAUUAUCACAACCCAAUGAUUUAUCUGUAAAUGUGGUUCAAAUUUUUGAAAUAUUCUUACAAUACUUGAUAAAUGAACACGUUGAUUAUGCAUUAGAGCUUGGGUUGCAAAGCGUACCAAUACCAGAAAGUAGAACUCAACCAGAAAUACAUUUUUUCAAUGUUAUGCAUCAGUGCAAUGCAAUAGUUCGUCUUUUGGAAGAACAAUUUAAUGAUAGUGUGCUUCCUCUCAUUAUAGGUACAGCUAAACAUGGAGAAUGUAUAUUAAAAAAAAAAGUUGUAUUAGAUCAAAUUAAUAUGAAAUUAGAUACUGGUUUAGAAAGAAGUAUAAGUGCCAUUGUUGGUUGGGUUAAGAUAUACUUACAAAAUGAACAGAAGAAAACUGAUUUUAAACCUGAUACCGAUGUAGAUACUUUAAGUACUCCAGCUUGCCUAACAGUAGUGCAAUAUGUAACAGGAAUGAUACGUCAGAUUAGAAAUACCCUAGAUGGCAAGAACUUGGAAACUGCUUUAACAGAACUUGGAGUUCGUUUUCAUAAAGUCAUUUAUGACCAUUUACAACAAUUUCAAUUUAAUUCUGCUGGUGCAAUGUGUGCAAUAUGUGACAUGAAUGAAUAUAGAAAAUGUGUUAAAGAACUUGACGUUGAUAUGGUUACAUCAUCAUUUGAUACAUUGCAUGCAUUGUGCAAUUUACUUUUAGUAAAACCAGAAAAUUUAAAACAAGUAUGCUCUGGAGAUCAAUUGGCUGUACUUGACCGUUCAGUUUUACUUAAUUUCAUUCAAUUGAGAACAGACUACAAAACCCAAAAAUUAGCUAAUUGUUUGAAAGGUCUUGCAGCGUGAUAACAUGUAUUCUACGUAUACAAGUUUUAAACAAUGCUGGAAUCUACGUAACGUUGAUUGUAUGUAAUUACUGUUUUUUUGUAUUUAUAGACGUAGAAUCAAAAAUGACUGGCCAGAGGAUGAUCAUUUAAAAUAAAAUAUAUAUACAGAAAAAAA